CCGGUACGCCUAGCGUCCGUUACUUUGUAUAUAAUAAUAGAUACUAAAAGUAAAUAACUUUGUAAAUAUUUUUUUAAACUUUAAUAAUGAAUUCACAUCCAUGACCCUUGUUUAUUAAAUUGAGUUACUACUGUAGGAUGUAAAUAUAUUAUUGAAUGUUGGAAUGCGCCUAGUCACUAUGCAAUAAGUUGAACACUCGGUAACGCACCGCGAUUUCCAGGAGUUACAAGGUCAAGAAGUAGAGUAAUGAUUAACGAUACCGAGCAUAAGAGUUCGUAACAAAUCCGAAGGUCAGGUUCAGUUCGUGUCCUUGGGUCGGAUGGGGAAAUGGGAAAGCUAGAUCUAAUGGAACUGGCAAGAGCGAGAUGCAAUCAACCCUUAAGAAAUAAUUAACGACUCUUUCGUAAUUGUUCGGGGUUGAUGUGUUUCCGGUUAAUUUAGGUUCUUAGCUUUCCUAUCUGAGGACCAACGUAGACUCUGUCAUUUGCCCGGAGACUCGAAAAAGGGUUGGAAGUGUGGCUCUGCCUGUGAUCGCGGAAAUCGAAGUAGUGUUUGACUUAGAUAGAUCUUUCACAGUUAAUUAAUUGUGCUUCAAUUUCAGUAGCUAAAACCCAAAGUCAGUUGACUACCAAUAGGAUAAUAAAUUGUGUGAGCUAGUUAGAAACUCAAGAAAGCCGUACGACGGCUUUCUAUCUCCAGUUUAGAUUUGAUUUUGCCAACCGCCAUCAUCCCAGCCACAUUGCUCCAUCGAGAUUUCUGGUGUGCAAAUUGACUGACCACCGUCACCACGGUCAGUCGGGCCAACCGUCAUCAACGUGCCCAAGCGAGCCGAUCCACGUGGAGUGGGUCCGCAUUUACCUUUCGAGGUUCGAUUCCGCCGUGCUAGGUGCCAGCCCUUAGCCCUAGUAGUGUGCAAAGCGAGGAGGAGAAGUUUGACGCCCCCCACCGUGUGAACCACCUGAUCGACUACCAGGACACCAUGUGAUCGAGGAGGCGAACGAUCGACCACGUUUCCCGUAUCAUCAAAAACAGGCGCCUGUAAGUACCCAAUAGAGCUCUUUAUUUUUUUGUCCGUGUGCACAUGCGACCGACGAUCGAAUCGAUUCGUCAAUGAACGACCGGCUGUGAUUUUGCGGCGUUCUGAAAUUGGCCUGCCGGCGAGAGGUUUAUUUGCUAGCGUUUUGUAUUUUGGAGAACAAUAGAUGGCUGGAGAUAAAGCGAAGUGAGACACGCACAGAAUAGGAUAGGGAAUAGGAUAAGUGAAUUUGAAAUGCGACAUUAAAUACAGAUUGUGAACUAGAGCAUGGUUGUUGGAUUCGUAGAAUAAUAAAUUAUCCCUUAGAUUCCCUUCCGGAAUUUGAAGCAUGGUUAUUAAUUUCAUGAAAGAUUUCACUGCGCGCGCUUAGAUUUGAAUUUUGAAUGGAGUGAAGUUUUCUAUGAAGGUUGGACAGAUUUCCAGAUCGGUUUCGGUUUUUGGUUUGAGUGAUGGGUAAACUUCCGAUGAUGAGAUGUGAAAGCUUUCCGGAAACAUUUCAUAACCGUUUCAAUUAGGGGAGAGUCGUUAGUUAUGGUAUUUCGAAGAGAUUGUCAUCUGUAAGACUAAUGUGGGUGAAAUUGGGGACAGCCGAACCGUUUUCUUAUCCUUUCCAAGGAUCGAACUGAACCUACCUGAGGUUAGGUCUCAUACCGGGCAAUCGAACGUGCGAAUGGUCCUCAAUAGAGGUGGCGCAUAAGCCAUUCGUUAUACAACGGAAUGCGGCUCGGUAGUCCCAUGCGUGUUCUUUUGGAGUGUUAGUCCCUUAUUACGGAGUAGACCGCCAGUCGUUCCCAAACGACUUUUUGGCGUGCUACAUUUUGGCGCCCAACUAAAAGUACGAAUCCUGAUAUAUUGAUGAAUUUUAGUGAAUACUGAUAGUUUUAGGUUGUGAAUUCGGAAUGUAAAAUUAUUUCAUGCUUAUAUCUCAUUUGGGAAUUUUGUUUAUUCGGAUAUUCGGAUCAUUGAGCAAUUUUUGGAAUUCUUUUUGAGUAAGUGCAUUUUUUUUCUUUCUUUAUUAUACAAUUACAUUUUUUUUACAUUUUGUUUUUUUUUCUUUUUCAUUUGUGUUGCUAUUAUUUGUAUAUAAAUUAUUUUAGUUAGAUAAAUAGGUUGAAAUUACAAUAUACUUGAAUUUGGUGAAUUAUUUUCAAAAAAAAAAUGGGAGCAAAAUUUCCUCAUGCUGAUCAUCUAUUGGAUGACGAAAUAGAUUAUGAACUAAAGCUGCGAAAUUUUGUGGAAGAGUUAGGGAAAGAUUUAAAGGUGAAACAAAGACUGCUUAGAAGGAUUUUCUUAAAAGAUGCGAAGGAAAAUCGUGAAUAUCGAUCUCCGUAUUCUAUUGAUCAAGAAUUUGAGUUGAUUGCCUCACGAGUGAACAGUAUAAGGUGUAAGCUGGCCAAAACUCCGGAUAUAAAAUUAGUUUCUCGUUUAAAACAUUACUAUUGGCGUGUCCAAUGGUGCAACGCGGACAAUGAAGAAGCAUUGAAGAUGAAAGAGUUGCUAUUUGGAAACAUUUCAAACCUACUCGCGGAACAAAAUGCACUUGAAUCGUUGAAAAAUGCAAGCCCAGAUGAUGAGUCAUUGGAAGAAACCGAUACUGAGCUUUCUGAAACUGAGAAAUCGGGAGCAGUGGGCGGAAAGAAUGUGUUAGUGACACCUUUAGGUGAGCCUCAGCUGACUAAUGCAGAUAAUUUUCUUUCCUUAAUUGGGCCUGAGAUACCUCAUAAUACAACAAUAACAGGGGCUACCAGGAAACGUAAUCUAGGCAAUAGCUUGGUUACAGGCAAUAGCGACUUUAACAGAGAUAGUGAAACAGAGCAAAUGAGAGCUAGGAUAGCCGAGUUGGAAGCUCAGAUACAAUCCUUAACUGUACUAUUAACUGCGCCGGUAAGCCAAAAUAAUCCUUCGGAACAGGUACGGAAUGAGGGACACGAUUCACGACAGCAGAAUUAUUUCGAGGUUGGUAGGACUAGUAACGACGAUAGAACCGAUGGUGGUAGCGAAAGAAAUAGCCAGAGAGGAAAUCAACAGUUCAUUAGAGAAGACAGAGGACAAUAUGACAGGAAAAUUGAAAAAUGGAAUCUUCACUUCGGUGGAGAUUCAAGAUCAACUUCGUUAGAGGAUUUUAUUUACAAGGUGAAAGUCUUGGCGAGUAUGAACAGAAUUCCCGACAAUCAAUUACUUAGCAACAUCCACUUGCUAUUAAGAGGUGAUGCGUCAAAUUGGUUUUUUACAUAUUACCAACCCUCGUGGACUUGGAGCAUUUUCGAAACGAGAAUUCGGUUCAGGUUUGGUAACCCUAACCAGGACCAGGGUAAUAGACAACGAAUUUACGACAGGAAACAACAAAAAGGUGAAACUUUUAUCGCCUUCGUAACAGAAAUAGAGCGCCUCAACAAACUGUUGACUAAGCCUUUAUCCAACCAUCGAAAAUUUGAAAUCGUGUGGGAGAAUAUGCGACCACACUACCGCUCUAAGUUGGCGUGUUUUUCCAUAAGAGAUUUGGAUCAGUUGGUUCAGGUUAACUAUCGGAUAGAUGCCAAUGAUCCUUCUCUACACCCAAUAGGACCAAAGUACUCGGUACACAAUAUAGAAAACCAGGACGUUAGCGAAUCCGAAGAUGAGGAAGUAAAUGCCAUUGGAAGAAGACCAGUUAGGAAUCAACACCAGGAAACGACUCAGAACAGGGGUUCCCAAGAUUUGCUUCAGGAAUACCACGUGACGCACUGGCGAACGCCAAACUACCAUCCCCAAGUAAACGAUGCGGAAAGGGUUAAUCGCGUUCUUACGACAGCCAUUAGGGCUUCCAUAAAAAAAGACCAUAAGGAUUGGGCAAAUAAUAUCCAAAUUAUUGCCAAUGCAAUAAGAAACUCCGUACAUGAGGCAACGCGUUACUCGCCGUAUUUCAUAAUGUUCGGAAGAAACAUGGUAUCGGACGGUAGGGAAUAUCGGCACUUGAGAGAUAACGCGGAAGGAAACGAAGGCCUGGUCAACACAGAAAGGGACAAACUGUAUAAAGAAAUUAGGGAGAACCUUAAAAAAGCUUUUGAGAAGCACUCUCGAUACUAUAACCUAAGGGCGAAUGCUAACUGUCCGACUUUUGAACUAGGAGAGAAAUUGCUCAAAAAGAAUACGGAGUUAUCUGAUAAGGGAAAGGGCUAUUGUGCGAAGUUGGCCCCUAAAUACAUCCCAGCGAUAGUGAAGAGAAAGGUUGGAGAUCACUGCUACGAGUUAGAGGACGAAAAAGGAAAGCGACUUGGCAUUUACAACUGCCGUUACUUGAAGAAGCUUACUUUAUCGUCCAAAUAG